AUGGAUAUUUCCUUCACAGUGGUCUUGUUGAGCCUGUUGUUUUUCGUUUCCAAUAUAACCUCCUCCAAAGAAGGCGGCGGCGGCCAGUGGAUUCCUCUCACGCGGUGCGAAAUCGAGAGCAAGGACAUGGUUGCGCUCGCAAAUUACACAGUGAGCGAGCACAACAAAGAGAAAAAAAAGGAUCUAGUGUUCGAAAAACUGUACAGCGGCUACAAACAGGUGGCCUCGGGACUUAAUAAGUACAAUCUUUCUGAAACAGCCACGGAUUACGAUCAUUGCACCACACCUAUCGGGAGCUGCGAAGGCACUCACGGGAACUACACCGCGGUCGUGUGGGUCCAUGCCUUGAAGAACUUCACACAGCUCGUGUCCUUCAAAAAGAUUAAAUGA